AGGCCCCCACCCAGAAUUAAAAAUGGACGCUCUAAAGAUACUAGUAAAUCUGGUGGAGUAUGAAUACAGGGAAGGAUAUGCUCUGGUUGGAGAAGCUAAAAUCUCCUGGAUGUUUUCAAAAUGGUCAUCUCUAGCUCCUCAAAGUAAAGCUGUGUGCCUAAAACCAGAAAUACCAAAUGGAAAGCUGACUGUGGAAAAGGAUCAGUAUGUCAACCCUGAAACUGUCACCAUCCAGUGUGACCCUGGCUAUAGGAUGGCUGGCUCCCAGAGUAUCUCUUGCUCAAAGAACAAAUCUUGGAGUCCAAUGUACCCAAGUGCAAGAGAACAUUUUUUGGGAUUCCCUUGCUGCUUAAACGUCCUCUCUGCUUGAGCUGAUACUGAGUAUUACCUAAGAACACACGUGGAUUCAGCUCUCAGGGAAAUAUUUUGCUAGAAUCCAGAGUAUUUUUCUGGAGUUUCCUGCCCAUCAACCAGUCCUUGGGUGAGUCUUCAUCUUCCAAUCUUCCUCCGAUCACAAGACUUCCUAAAGAAGCACAAGCCUUUACAAGGAUAGGGAAACUUCCCGAAAUCUCUCUUUUGAUUUUCUCUUUCAAGAAGUCCCUGAAGAUUGUGAGAUACUCCUGAAAGGCAAAAAACUCUUACAGUGUUUCCCAAGUCCCCAGGACUCAAAAGUGACCCUGGAGUUACAUAAACUAUCUCUGGAGAUUAAAAAAAUAGAGCAAGAGAGAGACAAGGAAAAAACCAUUUAAAUACACUACACCUCCUUUUGCAACAAGAUGGGGAAGAGAUUUGCUUUUCUGUACAGCUCUAGAGAGACAAACCUCAGUUUAUCAAUUUCACUUAAGCAUCAUCAUUUAUUGCAAUAAGUAACAUUGCUAAAAUUUGCUAAUACACAUAGUGAUCCUGGAACAUGGAACUACUGAUGCUUUAUAUACCAUUAUCACUCAAGUUUUUACUUUUCUGGAUUUGGGAAGCUAGCUGAAAUAAAU